CCGGGUCAGCCUGAGCUCGGUGCUGCCCGAGUCGGGGAUCGUGGCCGACAUCGAGUGGGACCCCCCCGGUGUGGGGACCCCCGGGGACACCCCCAGUGACCCCCCCGGGGGGAGGGACCCUCCUCCUGGAGACCCCCCCAGGGACAUCGCCGCCGACCCCCCCGGCACUUUCUACUGCCUGAAGAGCCAGCCCCUCCCCCCCAGCACAGCCCCGGCCCCCCCCGGGGCCAUGUCGGCCCCCCCGGCCGCCCCCCCCUCGUCGCGGGUGCUGCUGCGGCAGCAGCUCAUGAGGGCCCAGGCCCAGGAGCAGGAGCAGAGGGAGAGGAGGGGGGGGGGAGGCCCCCCCACGGCAGCCCCCGGACCCCCCGGACCCUCCCCCGCCAUCGCCGUGGGUGCCCCCCCACCCCGGGCACCCCCCCACGUGCCCCCCGAGGUGCUCAAGGUUCAGACCCACCUGGAGAACCCGACCCGGUACCACCUGCGGGCGGCCCAGAGGCAGCAGGUCCGGCAGUACCUGAGCUCCGCCCUGGGCCGGGGGGGACCCCCCAGCCCCCCAGGACCCCCCCCCGCGCCCCCCACCCCCCCCAGCCCCCUGGCACUGCUGCACAUCGGCCCCGGCUCCGAGAAGGAGAUCGAUGACGUCAUCGAUGAGAUCAUCAGCCUCGAGUCCAGCUACGACGAGCUGCUGAGCUUCGGCCCCGCCGAGGGGCCCCUCCAGCUCCCCAGCACGCUGCCCGCCCCCGGCCCCCUCCUGGAGGUUUUCAGCCCCCCCCAGGGCGGCAGCAGCUCCUGCCCGGCCGAGCUGCCCCGGGUCAAGGCCGAGCUCUCAGAAACGGAGGCGAAGGCGCUGCUGAAGGAGCGGCAGAAGAAGGACAACCACAACCUGAUCGAGCGACGCCGGCGCUUCAACAUCAACGACCGGAUCAAGGAACUGGGGACCCUCAUCCCCAAAUCCAACGACCCGGAGAUGCGGUGGAACAAGGGCACGAUCCUGAAGGCCUCGGUGGAUUACAUCAGGAAGCUGCAGAAGGAGACCCAGCGCUCCCGGGAGCUGGAGCUGCACCAGCAGCGCCUGGAGCAGGCGAACCGCAGCCUCCAGCUCCGUGUGCAGGAGCUGGAGCUGCAGGCGCAGGUUCACGGGCUGCCCCUGAUCCCCCCCGGGGCUCCCAUGGCCGAGGGGGGCUGCGAGGAAGCCUCCGGAGGCCCCCCCUUCCCCCCGGGCCCCCCCUCCACUCCCCAGUGCCUCCUGGACCUGGCGGUGGCCGACGAGCUGCCCUCGGAGCUGAGCCUGCCCCUGGACCUGGGGGGGCCCGAGGGGAGCCUGGAUGACAUCCUGAUGGACGACGGGGGGGGGCUGUCACCUCUCGGCCCCCCGGGCGCCCUCCUGGCCUCCCCCGGGCCCUCCCGUGCCUCCAGUCCCCGCAGCAGCCUCAGCAUGGAGGACGAGUCCUGAGCACCCCCCUGGAAGGACCCUCGGGCGGAGCCCUUGUAGGGACCCCCCCCCACCACGCGGCCCUUUGAAGGACCCCCCCCCGGGCCCCCCCUGAGGCCCCUGCGAGGUGCGGAUGCUGUCUCAGGUGGGGCCCCACCGGGUGCCGUUUUAAGGCUCUUAAAACGGGCAAACGUUUUUUUUUUUUAACGACGGCAUCGGCCCUUUAAGCUGCUGCCACUGUGUUACCCUUUUAAGGUGCCCCGUGUGUGACCCCCCCCCCCCCACCUUAAAGGACCUGGGUGGGUGUGGCCCCUUUAAGGGGGGGGGGGGGAAGUCCCCCGUGGUGUGGCCCAUUUAAGGCGCUGGCGUCGGGCCCCACCUGGGUGUGGUCCUUUGAAGGCCCCGCCCCUGCCGGAGGCCCCGCCCCUCAUGGCUACCCUGGGCCCGCCCCUUUCUGGCUCUUCUCCAAUCAGUAGCCUCCUGGGGGCUGGCCCCCCUCUUGCGCGAAGCCCCGCCCUCCCCGCUGUCACUCACGAGUGCCCCGCCCACUACUAACGCCCAUCUGGACCCCGCCCCCUUUAGAGGCCCCGCCCACCAGCUCCACUUAAAGGGGCCGCUGCCCUUUUCCCCUCCCUCCUUUCCACCCCCCCGAUUUUGUACUGGACCCUCUCGCGGGAAAUAAACAGUUUGUUAACGAUGGA